AUGAGCCGGGACCAGGAUGAUGGUGAUGGUCUAAAUCCGGGCGGCCUGCAUCAGAGUAUUUCUAGCGCGAACCAAAAGUGUACUUCAUUGUGUAACAUUGCUGUGCUACCUUGUGUGAAAAUUUCACAUGAUAAUGGUUACGACGAUGAUACGAUGGCGCUGGCUGAAAGGGCCGCUCUGUUACAUUCCGCUGUCAUCAAUUUGCUCAUCAUCAGCAGCAGUUGGUCCAUUCAGCUCGUUCAAGCCCGCCGGUGUUACGUUUGCGGGGAAGGUUCCGAGGCUCCCUUUCGGACGGCGGCGAUGGCGGCCAGCAAUUCACAUCAUCAAAAUGGUGAUGCCACAACUCCAUUCAUCAGCCCCAAGUUGCCGACGGUGGCCAGUUCCUGUGACGACUUCGAACGGGACCGAACGGAGCUGGACAAGUACGUGCUCGAAUGUCCACCCAGCUAUACCAGCUGCCUGACCCAGGUCGAUGGCGACGUCGAACUGCGAAUGUGCGGAGAACCAUUGGCCAUCAACGACUGCAAGAGUGCCAACAUGGUCGACUACUGCUACUGCAACGAAGAUCUGUGUAACAGUCUGACGCGUGUGCAAAUUCGACGUCGCAUCGAGGAUGCCCAUAUGGGAGUUCACUCACAGCAUCUACGGCAGAAUCACGAACACAACAACAGCGACGACGAGGAUCUUACCGAAUCUUCCGGAAUGGAGGAUACACUUGCGCAUCACGAGAAGCAUGGUCGACCGGGGGGUGAUCGAAGCCUGCACCAUGAACGGAACUAUCAGGAUACCACUCAGAUCAUGGUUACGCUCAGAUCUACUCCCAGUCAUGAUCGACGAAAUGGAAGUGGUAGCGAAAGUGCAUCGGGGUCGAAAUCAUGGAUUGACAGUAGCUCCGGGGUUUUGGCGAUAGUCUGCGGGGUUUCGUUGUGGCGGUUUAUGAGGUUGCGAUAUCAACCGGAAGUUGUUUAAUUAGCAAUUGGCGAAAGGUAUAAUCCGGAUCGCUCCCCAUCAGCAACAGCAACUGAACUAAAUGCAUUUGAAAUGCAGCACAUCAAAGGACUAUACAGAGAGAGCCCAGAACGCCCGAAGCUUAAAAAAAAGCAGAAAACGGGAACCACUCAGCACUUCCUAUACGUAUUAGGUUUUUCAUUUCCUAUGGAAUUUAAACUGUAACUAUUGAACUCGACGAUGGAGGCAAACAAAACAAGGUGUAUUAAUUUCUGCUAAAGUUAUCUUUAUUUUCAACGAAAAUGUGAAACGGUUAAAAAACAGACAAACCUGUGAUGGCGCUUUCGGGAAGCUUCUAAAGCUUAAAUGGACCGAGCGAAACAGAUGGCAAAUUAUUCGAUUAUUUAUUGUUUAAAUCUUUUAUUUAGGGUAAGUUAACGUGCAGAAGUUUUAAGUUAGAAAUUGUAAAACAUCGAUCGCAUCUUAGGAAAGCGAUAAGCUAUAAAUCAAUAAAAAUGCUCACAAUAUCUGGUUUUGACGAAAACCAUACUCGAUAAAACUUUGCUUACAGUUACCAUCUUCUCUAAAACCUUUAUUUCUUUUUCAUUAUCAUUGCAAAAAAAUAAGGCGAAAUAAUGGUACUAGUUUGAAGACAAUUCAUCCAAAUGACACGCAAAAUGCCAUGUUAAAUGAACAUCGAUGUUAAUCUGUACAUAGGAGAUGUAAAUAUGGUAAAGUUACGACCAUCUGGAAUUCGAUUUUUCGUUAAGAGUGUAGAAAGAAUCAAAAACAUAAUUUUGAGGCAUGUAAAUUUCGUUCUUUCCUUAGGCUUCCUCCCAAAAAUGUAUGUUGUGACUAUUCCACUCCACUUGACCCCGGAUAUUAUUAUGUAGAAGCUAGAAAAUUUCGUUAGGAGUAGUGUUGUAGAUUUGAGUGAUCUAUAAGAAGGCAACGACUAAAAUCCCAUUCCCUAAAUUGUAGGGGGUGGGGGUAAACGUGUUUGUAUAGUUAAGCGUACAUAGUGCAAAAAAAAAACUCCUCACAAUAAGACAUAUUGUAAUAAGUGUUUAGCGAGAAAAAACCAAAACAAAAUCGAAAUGUGAAAACGAUUGUUGAUUGUUCAACUCUUCACUCGAACACAGGUAUUGAAUCUUUAUGAUCGAAUCGUGAAACAGUUAUAGAAGCGAACAUGAAAAAGAAAUUAGUUUAAAAUAAUCUCUCCCUUAGAUAUCUCAUGAUCCCAGCCUGCCUUCUCAAAACAAAGAAAAACGAUAAAAUCCCUUACAUCCGAUGGUAUAAAUAAAACCGAAAAAAUAUUUAAUUUCAAAAUUUUGAUUUGUGUUAAGCCGUACUCAAAUCAACAGGACGAAACCAAGCUUCUAAGUGAAUUCCAAACUAAUUUGAAGGUCAACAAAAUGACGCUACAUCUUCAUAUAAUCACACCUGCAUAGAUACAUACCAUUCAUAACCACAAAAAUACUUACACGCAUACAGACAAACCAUACAAAACACAGCAACGGAUGUUGAAACUACUUGCCAUAUCUGAGAAACAAGAAAUCCAGAAAAAUAAA